AUGAAUACCAUCGACGCAACAGAACACUACGAAACCAGCGCCCACGACCGGCCCCCCUCCCUCCUAACCAUCAUCCUCGACACCAACCCACACGCCUGGGCACUCCUCAACCCCUCCCUUCCCCUCUCCACCGCCAUCGCCAACAUCCUCGUCUUCAUCAACGCCCACCUAGCAUGCAACUACGCGAACGAAGUAGCCGUGGUAUCCUCACACACCUCUCAAGCAACAUGGCUCUACCCCGUCGAAAAAGCCACCACCACCACCACCGCCAAUAACCUAGACUCCGACGGCGACAUCUCCAUGCGCUCCCAACAACCACCUCCAUCUACUCACACCAACAUAAACAAAUACCGCCCCUUCCGCAUCGUCGAAGAACAAGUCUCCACGCACCUCCACAACCUAAUGUCCCAAACCACCCCAGAAACCCUCCAAUCCACCACCUCAACUAUGAUGGCCGGCGCGCUUACCCUAGCACUAAGCCACAUCAACCGCCGCACGUUAGCAUGGAAUGAAGCGCACGGGGGAGAUAUCGACACGACAAACCCCAAUGACCCUUCUUCAACAUCCUCCUCAUCACAUAAUACAAAGGGUACUGCGGAAUCAACCCUCCAAUCACGCAUCCUCAUUCUCUCUGUGUCAAGUUCCACCGGUUCAGCGCAUCAAUAUAUCCCCAUCAUGAAUGCUAUAUUCGCUUGCCAGAGGCUGCAUAUUCCGAUUGAUGUAUGUAAGGUGUCUGGCGAUGCGGUAUUCCUGCAGCAGGCGUCGGAUGCGACCAAGGGGGUGUAUAUGGCGUUGGAUGAGCCGAAGGGACUAUUGCAGUACUUGAUGAUGGCGUUUUUGCCGGAUCAGAGGAGUAGACGCCAUUUGGUGCUGCCUACAAGAGUGGAUGUGGAUUUUCGGGCGGCGUGCUUUUGUCAUCGGAGGGUUGUGGAUGUGGGGUUUGUGUGUUCGAUUUGUCUGAGUAUCUUCUGUGAGCCGUUGGGGGAUGGGGUGUGUUUGACUUGUGGGAGUCGGUUGGAUGUUAGUGAUUAUGGGGCUAAGCCGGCGGUGGUGGCUAGAAAGAAGAAGAAGAAGAAGGUUAAGGGGAAUGGGAUGUCUGCGGCGGGGACGCCUACGCCUACACCGACGCCGGGGCCGUGA